AUGUUAAUAUUUUUGCAUGAAUGGAUAAAAAAUAUUGUUUUGGUUGAUAAUUAUUGUGAUAUUUAUUUACCUUUAAAAGAAGGAGAAAACAGAGAAGAAAAUGGUUGGGGAUCAGAAGAAGCAACACAAUUACUUUUAAAUAAUUUGUUGUUUUUGACUGCUAAAUUAAGUUGUGAACAUGAUAAAGAAAUUAGAGAAUUGUGGAAAUGUUUGGCAACAAAUUAUAAAACAACAAACUUGCCUAUUAUUGUUCAUUUUCUUUUUAUGAUGAUUUCUCUGUCGUUGGAAAACAUGCUUCCGUUGGUAAGUUAG